AUGAACAACUUCACCGCCACUAUGUGGUUCAUGACCCUGGACAUAGCAAGUGGAUUCUUGGCGGUUCCGAUGACCGCCCGAGCUCAGCUGAUUUCGGCCUUCAUUUGCCCGCUCGGACACUUUCAGUGGAAGCGCAUGCAGUUCGGGCCGAUGGACGCCCCGUUGAUUUACCAACAGCUCCUGGACAAUUGUCUUUGGGGUUUCGUCCGACUACCCGCGGAGGUGUUAGAGUUCCUGGGAAUAUCUCCCGAUGACUCGAACCGGGUCGCCCCGGAGCAGAUGGGGCCUAUGCUGUCCUGGAGUUCGAACAUCGAUGACAUCAUCUACGGCGCUUCGUCCUGGGAUGACCUGUGCAAGACGCUGAAUGCCCUCCUGUGCCGACUGCGGUACUGGAAUAUUUCGCUCGGACGGAAUCCGGACGUCCCCAAAACUGGCGGAAAAUUCCUCAAUUUGCCUUUCACGAAGAUCCAGAAGGAAGUACAGUCCUUCCUCGGGAGCCUUAACUACUACGCCCAGUUCAUCGAGGAUCUACUCGUGCUAGCAGCUGCCCUCUACGAAGCAUCGGACGAGCAACUCCGCUCGGGACGAGAUCUGGAGAAGGCCAAAUAUGCCUUCAAGAUACUCAAGGACCGAUUAGUGUCGACGCCACUACUCCAGCAUCCCGACCCCUGGGAGGCAGCACACAACCUGGGGCUAGCACCCCUGGUAAGCUUCCUCCGAGGCGAGACCGAACAGCUGUCCCUGAGAUACACAACACACCUGGCCAAGAUUGCGGACCAGUUUGUGCUGGACUCCCGGGACGCACUGUUCUAUGACCUCCAGGAGGCCAUUCUGCACCACUGGCAUGCGGACCUCCAAGGUGCCCGUCAGGGCAUCAUCCGGACCUACGAGAGACUGCGCAAAGAAUUUUAUUGGAUUGGGAUGUUCAAGGACACUGGCGAUACGUCAAAUGUGCGGUUCUCGGGUUUCAUCAUGUGUAAAGCCAUGGCGAGCACUGAAGCCCAAUAUGGGGUUGAGGCUUUCGAUGAAUGCGUGUUCCGGAGGUUCAGAGUCAGCGAAAUGAUCCGUCACGACCAAGACCCGCGAUUCAUGGGUCCGGUGUUCAAACACUUCCGGGAGAUGCUCGGGAGCCGACAACGCGCGACCCUGGCUUAUCGGCCCCAGGCCAACGGCCAACAAGAGAGGUCAGUGCAGACAGUGAUCCGGAGUGUCAAAGUGGAGGCCAUGAGCAUCCCGGAGGACGACGACUUCUACGCCGCGCUGCUCCCCGACGUGAAGGAAUACCAGGUGAAACGGAAGGGGUGUGAAGCGCCGGACUGGGUUCCUCAGGGGCGUCUCAAUUGCGGGAGACUACUCUACGAGUUCGACCAAGGAGAGCGAGCCCGUGUGCGUUUCCAGGCUAUGCAGUCUGGAGACGAGCUCCCGGUUGAAGAAAUCCGGUAG